AGGGGUACCUGUCUAACGUUCUCUUGACUCCGUGGCAGAAUUCACCAUGGCAGGUGGCAAGAAAUUAACGAAGGAAGAGGAGCUUUUGCUCCAAGAUUUCAGCCGAAAUGUCACCACAAAAUCCUCAGCCUUGUUCUACGGAAAUGCUUUCAUCGUUUCUGCUCUUCCAAUAUGGGUGUUUUGGCGCAUGCACCAGAUGGAUCUCGUCCAGUCCGGAAUCCUGUUUGGCAUCAUGACCAUCGUCAGUACAUGGCUGGUCGCCUUUGCCUACAAAAACGUAAAGUUUGUUCUCAAGCACAAGAUUGCCCAGAAACGUGAGGAUGCCGUGUCCAAGGAGGUGAUGAGACAGCUGACUGAUGCCGACAAUAAGAAGAUCUCUCGCAAGGAGAAAGACGAGAGGAUUCUGUGGAAGAAGAACGAGGUCGCCGACUAUGAGGCCACGACCUUUGCAAUUUUCUACAACAAUGCCCUCUAUCUACUCCUGGUCCUCUUCUUGUCGUUCUUCAUCCUGAAGUCAUUGGACCCAUCUGUCAACUACAUUGUGUCCAUUGGCGCUGCUGGAGGUCUGCUGGCUCUUUUCUCAACUGGGACGCAGUGACCUUUGACCUACACAGUGGUCACAGAGACCAAAUCCCAAUUAACUUAGGCUUAGAUGUCAGUUUUCAAGGGAGCUAGGGAAUUGUUUCUCAACUUAAAUCACAUGUAGUUUAUUCCAUUAACAGUACAAGCCCUCUAAAGUGCCACCUCAUGAUUCCGUUUCCAGUGCCGUUUGGAGUAAAAUUGCAGUUGUACACAUCUGUGAAGAGAAGUGUUGAACCUGACAUGUUUGAAGAUGGGCCCAGUUGUAAAGCAGUCAUUCUUGUCAAAUAUCUUGCUCAAGAACAAACUUAAGGUGGACCCCUCACCAUCUUGGCAAAUUGUGCCUAAAACUCCACAUGUUAGGAAGUAGUAAUUUUGUCAUGGAGUAACUUUUCGUUUGUGGUUAUGGGUAACUCAUUACAUUCGAGGCACUCUGGAAAGUCAUUUAAUUUACGUUUAUCAAUGUGCAUCCUAAUCCGGGAAAGGUAACCUUUGUUAAAGCAGAAGAGGCAUUUCUCAAAAUUAAGUUUGAAUAAAACAAGAGACAGACGUUUGAAA